CUUUAGACCCCCCUUGUCUCCGCCCACAGGAGGCGGAGCAGCCUCUGAUACAUAACGUGCGGCAUCUCCUUCCUGACAGCGCGGAGCACGUGACUGAGAAGAUGGCGGCGUCCUGGGGAAGGUUACUGAGGGCUGAGGUCCUCCGCGCCUCCUGCUCCGCUCUGUGUAGUUCGGCCGCACGUGUUCCGUUUUCUGCUGCGAGGCGUGGGCUCAGCACUGGUUUGGCGCGGCUCCUCCCCGCCGUUACCCAGCAUGCUCCUCACUUUAAAGGGACCGCCGUGGUCAAUGGGGAAUUCAAGGAGCUGAGUCUGGAGGACUUCAAGGGCAAGUACCUGGUGCUGUUCUUCUACCCCCUGGACUUCACCUUCGUCUGUCCCACCGAGAUCGUGGCCUUCAGUGACAAAGCCAACGAGUUUCAGGACGUCAACUGCGAAGUGGUCGCUGUCUCCGUGGACUCCCACUUCUGCCACUUGGCCUGGACCAACACCCCCCGCAAGAGCGGAGGUCUGGGUCACAUGAACAUCGCGCUGCUCUCCGACCUCUCCAAACAGAUUUCCCGGGAUUAUGGCGUCCUCCUAGAGACCCCCGGGAUCGCUCUAAGGGGCCUCUUCAUCGUUGAUCCCAGCGGGAUUGUGCGGCACAUGAGUGUGAACGACCUUCCUGUGGGACGGAGCGUGGAGGAGACGCUGCGGCUGGUCAAGGCCUUCCAGUAUGUGGAGACCCAUGGGGAGGUCUGUCCUGCCAACUGGACGCCUCACUCCCCCACGAUUAAGCCGAGUCCAGAAGGGUCCAGAGAAUACUUUGAGAAAGUGAACUGAAGGGAGAGCGGGGCCCCUGACGGUGGAGCAAACCCUUGUGGAAAUCACGCAUAGCAGAAUUAAAACGCCUCUGUUCUGGGU